CGGAUUGCUCGCGACGUGUCGCGGGCUGAGGAGGCGCGGCGCGGGGCCGCCAAGCCCGCGUCAGGACACCGAAAGCCUCAGUGCUGACCAGCCGCGGCACCAGCAUACAACGCCAUGAAGACCCUUUCGCUGUCCUGCCUGCUGGUGCUCGGCUGGGCCGUCUCGGCGGAGCCGCUGCUGAAGGCCGGCAUACCGCUGCUGCCCACGCUGGAGGAGCAGCGGCUCCUGCUGUCCGAGGCCCGCGCGCACCCCGACAGCCUGCACCGCCUGCCCAGCCCCGUGGGGGUGGUGGGGCGCCCGCAGCAGCAGCACGGCGGCCGCGCGCCCCGCAGCCUGGCCGAGCUCAAGGUCAACAGGACCCGGUCGUCGUACGUGCGCGCAGACCCGGCCGUCCCCAGGGCGCCUCGCGAGCCGCAGCCAGCCUCGGCUGGGCGCGUGUCGGCCGGCCUGCGCAUCAUCAACGGUAACAAGGCCGUCCUGGGCCAGUUCCCCUGGCAGGCCGGCAUCCUGGCCGACUUCGGCGCGGGCGGCAAGGCGUGGUGCGGCGGCUCCAUCGUGCACAGCCUGUGGAUCCUCACCGCGGCCCACUGCGUCGACGACCAGGCCGACAGCUACACGAUCUCGGUGGGGUCCCUCGGGAGCGAGGAGGGCUCCGAGCCCAGCAGGAUCGUGUUCAAGAAGUUGAACGAAUUCUACCAGCACCCCGCGUACAACCCCUACUUCAUCGACAACGACGUGGCCCUCAUGAAGGUGCCCACGCACAUCACCUUCAACGCCUGGUGCGCGCCCGUCAGGCUGCCCUCCUGGUCCAUGGCAGCCGACAUGAUGGUCGGGAAAACCGGCACCGUCAGCGGCUGGGGAAAGACGACUGAUGCUGACAAGUGGAUCUCCAAGGACCUCAUGUACGUUGAGAACACGAUCGACGACGGCAAGGCCUGCUUUGACACCUACGGCAACUCCUAUAUCCCGAACAAGAUCUGCGUGAAGACCACGGACAAGCGCAGCUUCUGCAGUGGCGACUCGGGUGGCGCGUUCACCAUCGUGGAGCAGGACGGCGCCCACACCCAGCUGGGGAUCGUCUCGUUCGGCGCCAGGGCGGGCUGUGAGAAGGGCUACCCCACCGCCUACACGCGCGUCGCCUCCUUCCUGGACUUUAUCGGCGACACUACCAACAUCGCCAUCCGAGAUUAGAGAGAGGGGUGCGACCGGCCGGCCGCGUCGUUUCGGGCGAGUCAUAGACCUGCGAAAAGAGUGCUGAUUGCGAAAGGAGUGGACGCUGAUGCUGCAAGAUUCGGAUUUUCCUAACAAAAAACAGUAAAUAAAAAUCUCGAGUAAUUGA